CCUAAGCCUAACAUAACCUCAAUAAUUACUGUUCAAGUGUUUAGACAAGCGGUCGGUAAACAAAGAAAAGGCUUCGGAAUCAGAAAUCAGAAUGUAUUCGGUUCCGUCACAGUCACAAGUUUUGCUUCUGGUCGUUUGUUAGUUGAAUAACGAGUUCGAAAUUCAAAGUUUAAGUCGUUCUAAGCCAGUCCGUUCUGUUACAAGUUCGUGUUUUUCAAGCGUUGUGCCUCUGAUCCUUGAAAAAGUGUCGGCUAAUUCAUAUGAGAUACUCAGUGCUCGUUGAUCAGUUCGAUUGCAGCCAUCCACGCACAUUCUCAUUCCUGGGUUGAUGUGGUUGCAGAAUUCAUAAGAACCUUUUUGUAAGAAGAAAAAAUUUUACUUCGGAAAAUGCAUUUUAUGAAGUCAUAAUCUGUUGAAUACUGAAAACCCCUAUUUCUGUAUCAGGAUUGUAGCAGCUUCCAAGAUCUCAAAUCACCAAAUUGGAUUUUGAAUGGAGAAUGCCGAAGCUAAAAAUCCAACUGGAAGAGCACUCUGCACUCAGCACACCCGAGGACUACAAUCCAGUGAUUCCACCGAACGAUAAAAGUGCGAAGGACCCCCUGGGAGACGUCUCGAGGAUUGAUUGCACGUGCCCUUCAAUGCAGGCCCCACCUGACGCGUGCACCAGCCCGGAGUCGAGCGUUAUGCCUGGCAACCCAUCUUCCCCGUCCGGAGGAAGUCACCCUCAAGAUUCCAACAAUACCCGACUUGCAUCAGUAGAAGAGACCCAAGACACCUCGCCCUCGUCCAUCUUGGAUUCGCCCUCCGCUCUUCCCCCCAAAAUUGAAUGCGAGGAUGAAAAAGAUUAUGCAAGUUGGACCAACCAGCUGCACACGAGCAUUGAAAUUAAGAGUGAACCCACCCCCCAGACGGAUGAGUCAGAACUCAGGUUGGGACGAGGAGGAGGAGAACACGAUUUGGAGAAUGAUAUUCGUGAUUUUGUCCCGAUGACAGCGCGAGUGAAAAGAGAGGAUAUGAGCUCUCCACUUCCCGACCAUUCUCAUGAAAGUUGGAUUGACCUGUCAGAAACGAAUAUCGAAAUCAAGAGCGAACCCCCUACCCAAACAAACGCGUCGGAAUCCAAGUUAGUCGAACAUAUUCGAACGCACGCUAGUGAGAACCCAUUCGCUUGCGGCGAGUGUUCGAGCCUUUUUUCUUCUGAAAGCGCUUUAACAACACACAUGCAAACGCACGAUGGCGAGAUACCAUUCAAUUACAGUCAUUGCUCCUCCUCAUCCAGUAUUGAAGAUAAUUUAAAGAAACACAUGCGAACGCAUACUGGUAAUGAGAAGCUACUUAGUUGCAAUCAUUGCUCCUCCUCUUUCAGUAGUAAAGACGAUUUAAAGAUGCACAUGCGAACGCACACUGGUGAGAAGCCAUUCAGUUGCAGUCAUUGCACGGCAUGCUUUUCUCACAAAAAGUCUUUAACGGCACAUGUUCGCAAGCAUACUGGUGAGAAAUCAUUCAGUUGCAGUCAUUGCACAGCAUGCUUUUCUCACAAAAAGUCUUUCACGGAACAUGUUCGCACAUAUACUGGUGAGAAACCAUUCAGUUGCAAUCAUUGCUCCUCUUCUUUCAGUAGAAAACACAAUUUAAAGAUGCACAUGCGAACGCAUACUGGUGAGAAACCAUUCAGUUGCAGUCAUUGCACAGCAUGCUUUUCUCACAAAAAGUCUUUAACGGAACAUGUUCGCACGCAUACCGGUGAGAAACCAUUCAGUUGCAAUCAUUGCUCCUCCUCUUUCAGUAUUAAAAAUAGUUUAAAGAAGCACAUGCGAACGCACACUGGUGAGAAACCAUUCAGUUGCAGUCAUUGCACGGCAUGUUUUUCUCACAAAAAGUCUUUAACGGAACAUGUUCGCACGCAUACUGGUGAGAAACCAUUCAGUUGCAGUCAUUGCACGGCAUGCUUUUCUGACAAAAGUAAUUUAUCAAAGCACAUACGGACGCAUACUGGUGAGAAACCAUUCAGUUGCAGUUAUUGCUCCUCCUCUUUCCUUAUGAAAAUUCAUUUAAAGAUUCACAUGCGAACGCAUACUGGUGAGAAACCAUUCAGUUGCAGUCAUUGCUCCGCUUCUUUUAGUAGGAAAGGCACUUUAAAGGUGCACAUGCGAACGCAUACUGGUGAGAAACCAUUCAGUUGCAGUCAUUGCUCCGCUUCUUUUAGUAGGAAAGGCACUUUAAAGGUGCACAUGCGAACGCAUACUGGUGAGAAACCAUUCAGUUGCAAUCAUUGCUCCUCCUCUUUCAGUAUUAAAAACAAUUUAAAGAUGCACAUGCGAACGCACACUCGUGCGAAACCAUUCAGUUGCAGUCAUUGCACGGCAUGCUUUUCUCACAAAAGGUCUUUAACGGCACAUGUUCGGAAGCAUACUGGUGAAAAACCAUUCAGUUGCAGUCAUUGCACGGCAUGCUUUGCUCAAAAGCAUACUUUGACGGAACAUGUUCGCACGCAUACUGGUUAGAAACCAUUCAGUUGCAGUUAUUGCUCCUCUUCUUUCAGUAAAAAAGGCAAUUUAAAGUCGCACAUGCGAACGCACACUGGUGAAAAACCAUUCAGUCGCAGUAAUUGUAUGGCAUGCUUUUCUCACAAAAAGUCUUUAACGGCACAUGUUCGCACGCAUACUGGUGAGAAACCAUUCAGUUGCAGCCAUUGCUCCUCUUCUUUCAGUAGGAAAGACACUUUAAAGAUGCACAUUUGAACGCACACUGGCGAGAAACCAUUCAGUUGCAGUCAUUGUUCGGCUUACUUCUCUAAAAAAAUCACUUUCAAGAGACAUUUGCGAAUGCAUUCUGGCGAAAAACCCUAGAGUUUUAGUCACUGCUCAUCUCCUUUUCGGCUACAAAGGCAUUUAACGGAGCAUACUGCGAUCAGAGACAAGAGACC